AUGGGUUCUUCUAUCUUGAGCCUCCUGGGCACCGCGGCCUUCCGGUCUCGAGGCUGGCAGCCAUGCAACGUCUCGAGUACAGUCGCAACAAUAUUGGCGGUUUUUGCGCUGAACUAUGUGAUCCUAUUUGCGUAUUUCGACGUGGUAUAUCCCUCGUUCAUCAGCCCACUGCGGCAUAUCCCUCGACCAAAGUGGUGGCGGGCCCGAAUAAUUUACCGGCGAUUCACAAAGACGCAAGGGGAAGCUCUCUCCGACCUGUUUUACGACACUCCGAACAAUGGCAUUUUGGCCGUCCGAGAACUCACAACUACUCGCCUGCUGGUGACGGCCCCGUCUCUACUGGCAGAUCUACUGGUGCAUCGAUCAUAUGACUUCACAAAGGCUGAGAACACCCGCAACUUCCUCCGCGAGAUCUGGGAAACGGGCUCGUCGUCGUUGAGGGAGACCAACACAAGUUUCUCCAAGGCUCUCCUAUGCACAGAUGAAAUCGAAUCGGCCGCCGGAUUGCAUGGCGGGAAUCCCGAAAUCACAACAGACAUGGCCGACUGGGCCAACAAGGUCACCCUCGACAUCAUCGGCAUCGCCGGUCUGGGCCGCGACUUCAACGUGCUCCAAAACGGACAUGACCAGAUCGCGGACGACUACGAGGCCAUCUUUGAGCCGAGCGUUGAGAAGAUCCUGUACAUCCUGCUGGCGGCGUGGUUCUCGUUCCCCAUGGUGCGAAUGCUGCCGUGGAAGAUGAACGACCUGUUCAGGUCGAGGACGACGUCUCUGCGGGCGACGUGCAAGCAGCUGAUUGAGUCUAAGAUGGAGGGUAUUCGGAAGCAGGAGCAGGACAACUUUGACAUCUUGUCGGUGCUGAUCCAGACUGACAAUUUCUCUGUUGAAGAGCAGUCUGAUCAACUGUUGACGUUCUUGGCAGCAGGACACGACACAACUGCGCCGGCACUGACUUGGUCGUGCUAUCUGCUGGCUGUUGAUCAAGCGCGACAAGAAACCCUUCGACGAGAGAUUCAAGCUGCUUUGGCAGGAGCACAGCUAGGUCCCGACAACGCCGAUAUUGGUAGCAUCUUGGAGCGCCUACCAUUCUUAAAUGCCGUCCUCAAUGAAACCCUGCGCCUGUAUCCCAGCGUCCCAGUCACCAUUCGCGUGGCCAUUCGCGACACCCGUCUCGGAGAGCAGUACAUCCCCCAGGGCACGGAGAUCCUCGUCUCCCCUUGGGUAAUAAACAGAUCCAAGCACGUCUGGGGAGCCAGCGCCGAAACAUUCAAGCCAGAGCGCUGGAUCGAGAACGGCCAGUCAGACAAGGCCAGUAGCAACUACGACUUCAUGACCUUCUUGCACGGUCCCCGGAGCUGCAUCGGGCAGAACUUUGCAAAGGCCGAGCUGAGGUGCCUGCUGGCGGCCAUGGCGCUCCGCUUCUCCUGGACACUGGACAUGGAUGAGGCGGAGGUGGUGCCUGCUGGUGCCAUAACGAUAAAGCCUGCCAAGGGUCUGCGGUUGCGGUUGAAGACGGUCCAAAACUGA